GCCCCAUUGCAUGUACAGCUGCCAGAGCGAGCUCCAAAGCAAGCUGAAUCUGGGACGAGCUGGCCUCCAAGAUAUCAAUGGACUGGCCGACUUCGAACAUACGCCCACUGAACAUCGACCCUCAUGAUAUAACAUGGAGAAUUUAACAAUCUCCGAUACGCCUCAGCAAGGGGGCGGGCCUGCGCCGGCGGCCCCCCUCGGAGUCCAGUCACGGCCUCAGCAACUACCGGCCCAGAUGUUUACGACGGCAGCACAACUACUCGAUCUCACCGAUAAGAAGCUUAUGAUUGCACUUCGUGACGGACGGAAACUGCUGGGAAUCCUCAGGAGUUGGGACCAAUUCGCGAACCUGGUCCUCCAAUCGACGAUAGAACGAAUCUUCGUGCCGCCCGGCCCGGAUAACCCCCGUGGGAUGUAUGCGGACAUUCCUCGCGGAGUCUUCUUGGUGAGAGGGGAGAACGUGUUGUUGCUCGGCGAAAUCGACCUCAACAAGGAUGACGAUUCACCAGCAGGAUAUGACCAGGUUACGCCAGACAUGGUCGAAGCACUAUCGAAGGCGAGGAAGACCGAGGAGAAGUCGAGGGAGAAGGGGAAGAUUAAGAAACUGUCGACCCUCGGGUUCGAAGGGGAGAGCAUGGGAGAGAUAUUGUUGUGAUUGCAAUUGUCUUCUGCAAGGCAAUCUACCAUAUAUGUUAUGGCUUGAGGAUCCCAAAAUCCCGGGUUCCUGGUUGGACGGCAGAAUAUUGUGAAAUGCCAACAACCACGCAUUUUGGUGAUGGAGCAACCAAGUAGCACACCUUGGGCUCAGGGUUCUGCUGGCGAACAUAUGAAAUAAUACAAGAAGACUUGGUUCGCCCUCUUUGCUCUCCCAGUAUGUAGCGACCAGCCUGAGAUGCAGCCCCUUUGAAGAUUCUUCCUUCCACGUGUUUAAAGGGGCGCUGAUGGGGUACAAGGUGUGUUGCCAAAAUCGAUAGGCAACGCAGGUAUGGGAUAUCAGGUUUGAGUAGAAUAUACGUCUAGACCAUACAAGUUAAUAUCAAACUCUACUG